UUGCUUCACAGCGCAGGAGGACGGUGAAAACACAAGACGGACUGCAUGAUUCUGCUCUUAUUAUUCCACGCCUGAAAGUUAACUGAAAGGAUAUUGGAGAUGGAGCCUGGAAACGCCUCUCUCAACCCUGCCUUGGACAACGUCACAGACUGCCCCUCCAUUGACGAGUUCCGCAACCAGGUGUACUCCACCGUCUAUUCCAUCGUCACCGUAUUUGGCUUAGUGGGCAAUGGCUUCGCACUCUGCGUCCUGAUCCGGACAGCGCGCCAGCGAUCAUCCUUCCACAUUUACAUGCUGAACCUGGCGGUGUCGGACCUGCUGUGCGUCAGUACACUGCCGCUACGCGUCAUCUACUAUGUAAAAAAGGGCCAGUGGGAUUACGGCGACUUCCUAUGCCGCAUCACCUCCUACGCACUAUACGUCAACCUCUACUGCAGCAUCUUCUUCAUGAUGGCCAUGAGUCUCUCCCGCUUCCUGGCCAUCGUUUUCCCGGUGCAAAACCUCAAACUGCUGAGUGAACGCAAGGCGUGUGCUGCCUGCAUCUGCAUAUGGGUGUUCAUCUGCUCCACCAGCUCGCCCUUCCUCAUGACAGGUGCCUACGUGGACCCCCUCACUAACAAGACAAAAUGCUUUGAGCCACCUGAGAGGAAGGGCAUACUGCGAAAGCUCAUGACGCUCAACUACUUCUCGCUGGUGGUGGGCUUCAUCAUCCCGUUCCUGGUCAUCUUGGUGUGCUAUGCAGGAAUCAUACACACCCUGCUGAUGGGCUCCAGUGCCAUGAGGAAACAGAAGGGCACCCGCACCAAGGCCAUCCGCAUGAUAGCCGUCGUCAUGAUUGCAUUCCUGGUCAGUUUCAUGCCCUACCACAUCCAGCGCUCCGUCCACUUGCACUUCAUGAGCCGCCAGGACGUCUCCUGCGACGAUGUCAUCUACAUGCAGAAGUCUGUGGUUAUCACGCUUUGCCUGGCCGCCUCCAACUCCUGCUUUGACCCCAUGCUUUAUUUCUUCUCUGGGGAGAACUUCCGACGUAGCAUAUCCUCUUUCAGCAGAAACUCAAUUAACCACAGGGCUACCCUGCGCAACCUGCAGGUGCCUUUGAAUGCCCCGCAGGCUCUCCACAAUAAGGACAAUUUACAGGGCUGUAAUGGCUCCCACUCCAACAAGCCAUGAGAGGUGCUUGUCCAAAGACCCUGUGACAGAGUGUCUAUAACCAAAGGCAAUAAUGUAAUGUAAUGUAAUAUAAUGUAAUGUAAUGCAAGACACAAGAGGGUUGGUUCAAAGAAGUUACUUCUACUGGAGACUCACAAGAUGCAAAACAGGCUCGAGCAAGAGUGUAUACACACUAACCAUGGCAACCCAAGACUAGGGAUGCUCCGAUCGAUCGGCCGCCGAUCAUCAUCGGCCGAUAUUCACUUGAAAUUGUUUGAUCUGCGCUCUCCCUGAAGGCCGAUGAGAAAAAAAAUCAGAUGACGCAAAAUACAUGAGACUUUUGGCAACAAUGACUUCUCCCGUCUGGCAGUUUUUUAAGGUGUCCGAAAAAAAUAAGAAAAUCGCUUUAUGCAAUGUAUGUAACAUGGAAAUUCCUCACGGUGGAACUCGGGAAUGACAGUUUAAUACCACCAACCUCAUUAGGCAUUUUAGAACCCGUCACACGACAGAAUACACCGAGUACGAAAGAUUAGCCGCGGUCACUCAGUUGACUGUAAGUGAGACGUUUAAACGACAGGAACCCUAUAGCAGGGACAGUAAGAGGUGGAAGGAAAUAUCAGUAAAGAUAAAGGAAUUCAUUGGCCUUGAUGAGCAGCCUCUUUCUGUAGUAGAGGACAAGGGGUUCCGACGACUUAUAACUUUCUUGGACCCACGCUAUGUCCCUCCAGGACGUAAAUAUUUCACAGACAUGUGCCUGCCACAGUUAUACCAAACGGUGUAUACACACAUUGACAGCCUUUUGGAAGACAAUGUCACAUCGAUCAGAUUUACAAGUGACAUUUGGAGUUCAAGUGCAUGUCCCAUGUCCAUGUUAAGUUUAACAGCGCACUUUAUCGAUCAAAACUUCAAACAACACAACGUUGCGCUUCAUUGUCAAGAAUUUUCCGGGUCACACACAGCGGAGGCUUUGGCAGCUGCAU